CCCUUUGCCCCUGUGUCCUGCUCCAUCUCCCAGCCCAGCACGGCCCCGGCUGCAGCACAGCCCCUGUGCCGGGGACGCCCUGGGGCAUCUCCUUGCCCUUGCCUGUGGCGCGGAGGCAAAUGCCAUCCUCUGCUUGUCCUUCCUCCCCCAGAGCAGGAGCUGAGGCUGGAGAGCAGGGAGGACAAAUCCCCGGGGCAGAAGCUCGUGGCAGAGGCCGUUUGGAGCGGCUCCACGGCGCAGGAAGCCAGCGGGGAGGAAAAGGCCCGGAGAUGCCGCACGAGGAGGGGCUGCAAAGGCAGAUGGCGGCGAUCUGAGGGGGAAAGACCCAGCCUGGGCCGGGAAGGCGGCCGGAGAUGGAGCCAGAGCUCGGAGCUGGUGCCCCAUGAGCAGCCCCAUGAUGGGGAGAAGCCCCACACGUGCGUGGAGUGUGGGAAGAGCUUCAGGUGGAACUCUGAGCUGAUCAGGCACCAGAGGAGCCACACUGGGGAACGGCCCUACGAGUGUGAUCAGUGCAGGAAGAGGUUUAAGACCAGCUCUGAUCUCCUGGUGCACCAGCGCACGCACACAGAGGAGAGGCCCUUCCGCUGCCCCGACUGCGGGCAGGGCUUCAGGCACAACGCCCAUCUUGUCAGGCACCAGCGCAUCCACACUGGGGAGAGGCCCCACGAGUGUGGGGAAUGUGGGAAGAGCUUCAGCCAGAGCUCCCACCUGAUCCGCCACCAGAGGAUCCACACUGGGAAACAGCCCUAUAAUUGUAGGGAAUGUGGGAAGAGCUUCAGCCAGUGUUCUACCCUGAUCCGGCAUCAGAGGACCCACACUGGGGAGAGGCCCUACGAGUGUGAUCAGUGCAGGAAGAGGUUUCAGACCAGCUCCCAUCUCCUCCGGCACUAUCAGAGUCACACAGAGGAGAGGCCCUUCCGCUGCCCCGACUGCGGGAAGGGAUUCAGGCAGAACUCCACCCUCAUCAGGCACCGGCGCAUCCACACCGGGGAGAGGCCCUACGAGUGUCCCCAGUGUGGGAAGAGCUUCUCACAGCGCUCCCACUUGACCCAACACCAACGGAGGCACCGGUAAGGGAAGCCCUGCGAGUGCCCCGAGUGCGGGAAGAGCUUCAUGCGCUGCUCCAGCUCCAUCCCCCGCUGGUGGAGCCACGCUGGGCACAGCCCUGGUGACCCACAUUCCCUGUGAUCCAUGCUGGGAACACACCUGCCUGCUUCUCCUCUUGGUUUGGCCUUGAUAUCUUUCUCUUCUCCAUCUCUUUGCCCUCCAAAAGCCAAGAGGGAUGGAUCUGUCACCUCAAAACCACUCAAUCCCACUGAAAACAACUGAAUUUUAACCCAUGAAGGCUCAAUCCCACCUCAAGUUGCUUCUUCCCUCCUCAAAAAACCUCAAUCCCACACCAAACUCACUCCAUUCCACAGCCACCAGGGUGGGAUGGGGUUGGGAGGGGAUUGGGAGCAGUGGGAUCCCAGUUUGGAGCAGGGGUGGGGAUUGUGUGGGGCUGGCUGGGUGGGAUGGGUUUGACAGCAAAUAAAACUUUGAGAGUUUCUGAUUUCUGUCCCGUUCAUUCUCAGUCAGCUCUGUUUGCAG